UAACACGAAAGUCCAAAGGAAAACCCUAGAAAUUAUAUUCCUCUCAAAUAUCCAAACACCUAUUAAUUGGUUCUGUCUGUUCAUAGUAAAUCUUACAAGCAAUUUUUCAUAGAUUAGUGAAUUAUUGAUCGUCAUCUGUGAAUCUGGAAGAGAAAUAGAGUAAUUCGAAAUGCUUCAUAGAGGAUUUAAGGGUGGAAAAUGCAAGACGUCGCUAAAGCUAGCGGUGGCUCGAAUAAAGCUGCUGAAGAACAAAAGAGAAGUGGGUUUGAGACAGAUGAAAAGAGAUUUGGCGAAACUUCUUGAGACUGGACAAGAGCAAACAGCUAGAAUUCGGGUUGAACAUGUGGUUAGAGAAGAGAAGACCAUGUCAGCAUAUGAUCUCAUUGAGAUUUAUUGUGAGCUUGUUGUGGCACGCUUGCCAAUUAUUGAAUCUCAAAAAACCUGCCCUGUCGACUUAAAGGAAGCAGUAACUAGCAUAGUAUUUGCAGCUCCGAGAUGUGCAGAUAUCCCCGAACUUGUCGACAUACGCAAGCAUUUUACAGCGAAAUAUGGAAAAGAGUUUAUCACUUCAGCACUAGAGUUAAGACCAGAUUCUGGGGUUAGCCGCCAAGUUGUUGAGAAAUUAUCUGCUAAGGCACCCGACGGAGAAACCAAAAUUAAGAUCUUGACUGCCAUUGCCAAAGAACAUAAUGUUAACUGGGAUCGUAAAUAUUUCGAAGACAAAGAACUAAAGUCUCCAGAGGAUCUGUUGAACGGACCAAAUGUAUACGAUACCACCAGCGUCCAGCAGUCCCAGCCUACUCCUGUUCAAAAGUAUGAUUCCUCUAGGCCAUCAACAAGUUCACAAGAUUAUGCUUCUACAAAUGCUACUAGUAGCAUGCCAAGGAAUACCAGCUCUUCGACCCAGUUUACAGCGUCAGAACGUCCUAACGGAGGGAGAGACUACAGGGAUUCUUCUUACGAAGAGCAGACUGUGUUGCCUACUGAUAAACAACAUUGGAACAUGGAAUUUAAGGAUGCUAAUGAAGCUGCACAUGCAGCUGCUGAAUCUGCAGAAAGGGCAAGCAGGGCUGCUAGGGCUGCUGCGGAGAUAGCAAGUGGGCGGAAGGAUAUAAGACAAUAUUCACCCGAAUCUCGUGAAUCAUUUGAUUGUAGCGUUAAAGAUGAAAGGCGAGGAACAUUGGCUGGUCCAAAUGUUAAGCAAGACCCUGUCAGAAUGACUAAUGAAUCACGGAGAAGUUCUUCCAAGAAUGUGGAUCCGAGGAUGCAGGAUCGACAAAGAGAGAGGAAUGAUUCGAGUAACCAGAGGGGAGUUCCUGAAAGCAGAUAUCAUAAUUAUGAUGGUAAUGAGAGAAGUUCUGAUGAUGAUAGGAGGUCGGUGGGUAAUCCUCAAAGAGCUGACCGAAAGUCUCAUAGAAAUACAUCUGAGGUGGAGCCCAUUAAUUCCAUUCAGGAAGGCAGGAAAAAAGAGAAGGGUCACUAUAGAGAUGAAGUGAGGAUCCAGGAUCAAUUUACUGAUGACUCCGAGGUAGAAUCUGUUGAUCAGCAACGCAAUGAUAACAAAACUGAGUAUACAGACUUUCCGCUGGGGAGACAAAUUAGAGUACAAUCUAGCAAGUCUGUUUCUCCUUCAUGUGCAAGUAUUGAAGGUGAUGAAGCCCAUUCGGAUUCAGAAAUGCACCAUUAUGGAAGUGAUCUUGGUGGACACUCUUUCCAUAGCACUGUUAACGAGAACACACGAAAAGAAACCAGGAAACCAAGUUUCAAAGAUAACUCUGGUGUUGUGUUUGACGAAUAUGAUUUUGAGGAAGAUAGGAAUUUGGGCUUCAAGGACGUGUAUAACAGCCAUGAGUCUGAAUCAUAUGCUCCGAAACCAAUUAGGGAAUCUCCUCCUCAUGCCUCCCAAAUCGUUGAUAGUUGGACUCCUAGGAAGAGCAAAAGUGGGUCUGCUGAAGAGAAUUUUGGUGUAAAAUCAGAUUCAGACAAGGAAUCCCACUCCUCUUUGGGAUUGCUUGAAAUGCUUUCCAAAGGUGCAGGGGCAUUAAAAUCAGAUGACUCAUCAUCUGUAGCUUUUGAUGAUUAUCCUGAGAGUGAGGAAGAGACAGACAACUACGAACAUAGUGUAAAAACAAGUACCACGGAUUUCCCCCUUGAGCAUAGCAUAUCUAUUACAAAGACGGAAUCGACCGAGACUAAUAUAGGUCAUGGAAUUGUAAGAUCCUCCUUUAAGAAGAAAAAUGAAGAAGCCUCCCAGAAGCCAUCGACAGGAUCCUCGCAUGAUCCAGAUUCUCAGCAUAGGAGCUUCAAACGAAACGAAGAAACAGAAGUGAGUUAUGUAGGUGAGCCAGAAAACAGUUAUAGUGGUCGUAGUUCAAAACCUUCCUCCUUCGUUAAAAGGGAAGCUGCAAGAGCAAACGUCAAACCUGAGCUGCCAUCAUCUUCUGAUGAUUCAGAAUCUGAGGGAAUCUACGGAAGUCGUGAUCGACAGAUUGGUGCUGGAGGUGAGUAUUCUAAGAGAUCAGGUGCUGGUGUAAGUCUCAAUGAUGAGGCAUUGCCUUCACAAACUAAUUCUCCAAGAAAUAGGGAAGCUGCAAAAACAAACAUAGGUCAUGGAAUUGUAAGAUCCUCCUUUAAGAAGAAAAAUGAAGAAGCCUCCCAGAAGCCAUCGACAGGAUCCUCGCAUGAUCCAGAUUCUCAGCAUAGGAGCUUCAAACGAAACGAAGAAACAGAAGUGAGUUAUGUAGGUGAGUCAGAAAACAGUUAUAGUGGCCGUGGUUCAAAACCUUCUUCCUUCGUCAAAAGGGAAGCUGCAAAAACAAACAGCAAACUAGAUCUGUCAUCAUCUUCUGAUGAUUCAGAAUCUGAGGGAAUCUACGGAAGUCGUGAUCGACAACUUGGUUCUGGAGGUGAGUAUUCUAAGAGGUCAGCUGGUGGUGUAAGUCUCACUGUUAAGGAAUCUCCUUCACAAACUAAUUCUCCAAGAAAUAGAAACCAGAAGUUACGGUCUGAAGACAAGCAGCGUCCACAAAACUCUAAAAUUUCGUCAUCCAGGGAAAAACAAGCUGAAGACACUGUAGUUUCUUCAACUCCUGAUGGUUUAGAGUAUCCGAGUUCUGAAAGCGGGCAAGGGUUAAAUUUUGGAUUAUUACCUGGCGGUUUACGGAACAAGGGUUACCAUACUCGCCGAACUCGCCCUGAGAUUCCUUUGGAUAAUGCUUCACCUCGUUUAACUCAGGAAACUGCUGAGGAUACUCCGAAGUUCAAGUCUUCUUCUAGAACUAAAGCUAAAGAUCCAGAGCUGCUAAAUCCGCAAGCACAAAAAUCUCAUAGAGAAUCCAGCUCUAGAAGUUCAAAAACUUAUUUCGAUUCUGAUAGUGAUGAUUCUGAUCUACCCAAACGCCAAACUGUCCCUCGCAGUGAUUAUAAAAGGGGGGGACUUACUUACAAGCCGAGACAUACUCCAAGUGAGUCUGAUGCUAGCAACCUUGCAAUGUCUGUGGGUGGGCAUGAUUUGCCAGAAACUUCUCAUAUUAGUGAGAGAGAGAAAGCCUCAUAUGGAUCUGGAUCUAUUGCUACACCUCAAAUGGAGAACUCAGGCAGGAAAACCAGAGUAAAUUCGGCGGGUAAGGAAAGCGGUAAAUCAGAGGAAGAGCAAAGUUAUGGGCCUGUUUUGCAGCCUAAAGGGUCUUCAAGUAAGGGAAGUUCAAAGUCUAGGUUGCAGAACACUAGUCCAUCUGUUGAAAAACAUCCCCCAAAACCUAUUCCAGAGCCAGAAACUGUGCGAUCAAGUAACAGUGAAACUCUAGCCAAGAAUGCAUCAUCGGAAAGUCCUGAAACGAAGAAUCCAUCAAGCUUAAGUGAAGGGUCAACGUCCAGAGAAAACUCACUCAAGAAAGCAAGUCAUGUGCAUCCAAAACUUCCCGACUUCGAUGCAUUCACUGCUCAUUUUCAAUCUCUGCGGUCAAAUGUCCGUCCAUCUAACAAAUAAAAGGCCUGCUCAGGAAGACAUGUCCUAGGUACUUCUUUUUCUUUGCUUAGCCUUUUCAUACAAAAAUUGGAUUUGGUAUAUUCUUUUCUAGGGAUGGUGGUAGUAGUCUGAUGAAGAUAAUUCUGAAGAACAGAGAACUAAUCCCUCAUUAUACAUAUACAUGUUUGUGUGAAACAUCAAUAUAUUUUAUCAUAUGCAACGAUCUGCAUGUUUUUGUCAAUAGUAUGUAGUAAAAAUUGCCAUUUACUUUUUCUUUGUAAAAUUUUCACAUUUGCAACUAUCAUUCUUUGAUAGGAUAAUCCACUGCUCUCUUUCUCUCUC